CGUCAGUGUGAGGCCGCCGCCGCGGGGCCUGCUUAACGCCGGUCCAGCGCAGCCCGGAGUCGCCCAGGCCUGAACUCCUACCCAGGUCCCCGGCCCGGCUCCAGCCAGCCCGACCCCGGCACCGGACCCGCGAGGACAACGGAGGCCACCCCCCGGGGGUGGGGAGCGGAGCCGCGGGUCAGCUCUGCGAGCGCCCCGUGCUGGCCCGGUCCGGCCCCGCCCCCGCCCCGGGCCAUGGCCCAGCCCUUGUCCCGGCCCCUUGUCCUAUCCCGAACCGGACCUUGGCCCCCGGCCCCGCCCUCGUCCCGCGUCCCAGAUUGGUCCCCGUCCCGGCCUGGGUCCCAGCGAAUGCUCAGAUCCGGGUCCCAACCUAGCUCCCCCGUCCAGUUCCAGUCCCUUGAUUGGCCCCCAUCCCCACCCCGGCCCUUGUGCCACCUCCUGUCACAAGUCCCGGCCCAACCCCUGAGACAGCUUCAGCUCCCGUGUCUGUUUCAGCCCAGGGCCAGACUCCUGCCCUUGCUCCACUCAUCACCACCCCUCCUUUCGCCCCAUGCCCUGCCCUUGUACCAGCCUCGCUACCCUGCCCAGCCCGACCCGUUAGCUCAGGCUUUGCCCUCAUCUCUGUGUUUGCCCACGUCUCUCCCACUACUCCGCACUGUCUCUCAUACCCUGCCCCUCUCCCAGCCUCGACUCAGGUCUGGGCUCCAGCUGCCGCCAGCCCUUUUGCUGCUGUUGCUGUUCUCUGUGCUUGGCCCGGGGGCUGGAGGCCUCUUCCUGACAGAUUACUCCACCUGCUCGCCCCGCAAGCUGAGUCCUUUCCGCUCCUUUGCCAGCACUGAACUCUUCCACUUCCAUGUGCCUGAGGACACCUUUCUGGCUGUUUGGAACCUCAUCAUCUUCAAGGAGCAAGGGGGAACAUUUGGGGACCACUGCCCUGAUCAAAGUGUGACUGUGUACUUCCGAUCUGGGGCACCCCCUGUCAUCAAUCCCUUGCAUACUCACUUUCCAGGGGACACAGCUGUUCCUGGGGUUUUCUCCCUGACCCUCAGUUGGACACUGCCCAACCGCACCUCAGGCAUCUUUAACGUCAGCAGCCCCUUACCCGGGGACUGGUUUCUAGCUGCUCACCUUCCUCAGGCCCAUGGUCACAUUUCUGUCAAGGGCCUCCAGGAUGAGUGUCAGUACCUCCUGCAGCCGCAGCUCAUUGUCCGGCGUCUGCUGGACGUGGCAGUGCUGGUGCCUGGCCGACCCUCGGAGCAAACGCUCUCCCCCCACAAUCACUCCACCCUGUACAAGGUCUUUGUACCCAGCUUCACUUACAGGGUGUCUGCACAGCUGGUGUGUGUGGGGGGGAGAGGGGCUGCGGCCUGCCCCCUGACCCUGCGCCUGCGUCCUAAGGCUCCACCCCUGCACAACUCAAGCUCCGUGGCCUGCGGGGGUGCCGCAAUGUGCCAGCUGGAGCUGGCCUUACCCCCCUGGGGCCACUGGGUCUACGUGCGCGUGGAGAUGCCAUCCCGGGGCCCCGGCAGGCCCGUCCGCUUCCAGCUGUGCGUGUGGCUGCAAGAAUGCCCGCAGCCCAGCCUGUCGCGGGCCUUGGUCCCUGGAGCGGCCAUGAACAUGCCCCAGUCCCUGGGCAGCCAGCCUCUGUCUGCAGAGCCGCCAUCCCUUGGGGCCCCGGCUGAGGGGCCAGGGGUCACGGCUCCCCCUGAGCACUGCUGGCCGGUGCGCCCAACGCUGCGCAACGAGCUGGACACUUUCUCUGUCCACUUCUACAUCUUCUUCGGCCCCAGCGUGGCCCUGCCCCCUGAACGUCCGGCCGUGUUUGCCCUGCGGCUGCUGCCGGUGCUGGACAGUGGCGGCGUCCUCAGCCUGGAGCUCCAGCUCAACGUGAGUUCCUUGCGCCAGGAAAACGUGACGGUCUUCGGAUGUCUGACUCAUGAGGUGCCCUUGAGCCUGGGGGACGCAGCCGUGACCUGCUCCAAAGAGUCUCUGGCCGGCUCUCUCCUCUCCGUCAGUGCCGACUCCAGGACGGCCAGGCUGCGCAUCCCCUUCCCACAGACGGGGACCUGGUUUCUCACCCUGCGCUCGCUGUGUGGGGUGGGGCCUCGGUUCGUGCGGUGCCGGAACGCCACGGCAGAGGUGCGGCUGCGGACCUUCUUGUCCCCCUGCGUGGACGACUGCGGGCCCUACGGCCAGUGCAAGCUGCUGCGCACGCACAACUACCUGUACGCGGCUUGCGAGUGCAAGGCCGGGUGGCGGGGCUGGGGCUGCACCGACAGUGAGGAUGCGCUCACCUACGGCUUCCAGCUGCUGUCCACGCUCCUGCUGUGCCUGAGCAACCUCAUGUUCCUGCCUCCCGUGGUCCUCGCCAUCCGGAGCCGCUAUGUUCUGGAAGCCGCCGUCUACGCCUUCACCAUGUUCUUCUCCACGUUCUACCAUGCCUGCGAUCAGCCGGGCAUCGUGGUGUUCUGCAUCAUGGACUACGAUGUGCUGCAGUUCUGUGAUUUUCUGGGCUCCCUCAUGUCUGUGUGGGUCACUGUCAUCGCCAUGGCUCGUCUACAGCCUGUGGUCAAGCAGGUGCUGUAUCUGCUGGGGGCCAUGCUGCUCUCCAUGGCACUGCAACUGGACCGCCAUGGACUCUGGAACCUGCUCGGCCCCAGUCUCUUUGCCCUGGGCAUCUUGGCCACGGCUUGGACCAUCCGCAGCGUCCGCCGCCGCCACUGUUAUCCGCCGACUUGGCGCCGCUGGCUCUUCCACCUGUGUCCCGGGAGCCUCAUUGCAGGCAGUGCCAUCUUGCUCUAUGCGUUUGUGGAGACCCGAGACAACUACUUCUACAUCCACAGCAUUUGGCAUAUGCUCAUCGCUGGCAGUGUGGGCUUCUUGUUGCCCCCGCGUGCCAAGACUGACCCCCGGGUCCCUUCAGGAGCACGGCCCCGGGGCUGCGGCUACCAGCUGUGCAUCAACGAGCAGGAGGAGCUGGGCCUGGUGGGCCCCGGAGGGGCCACAGUCAGCAGCAUCUGUACCAGCUGAGGGGGCCUGGGGCCUGAACCAUGGGGCACUGGCACUCUGGAAGAGGCAGAAAGCUCUGGGGUGGUUCCUGGAGGCCU